GAUACAUUUCUGUGUGUUUAUCCGUGCGUGCGAAAACUUGGACUAUUGGAGUGCUGACAGGACAAACGAGUCGUAGAUCGACUAAACUAAGGGAGCCAUGGCUCGUUCCCUCAACCCGCUUCUCUCUGUUAUACUAUGGAUAAUGGUAACCGGACCGGCGAUUUCCUCAGCGGCCUUCUGUAACACGACACGACUUGAAACAAAGACCGAAAAUGCAUCAUGCCUACAAAUGCUGCAGAUGAUGGAACGAGAUUUCAUCCCGGCCAUGGAUCAGAUUAACAGUUUGAACCCGGGACAGGAUCUCGAAAAUAAAAACAUGCUGGAGCUUUCCACAAUUGACAUCCCUUGUGUUUUCACUAGAAAAAAAGAGGUGGAAAAAUGGGGCUGUUGCGACGGUUACAGUGGUAACGACUGCAACGAUCCUGUUUGUACUGGUGGCUGUGGAGCCAACGGGGUCUGUGUGAACCCUAACCUCUGCGAGUGUAAAAACAACUACACUGGGAUAAACUGUGAAGAGGCUCCAGGAGAGUCCUACUGCUACGUGGGCAAAUUCUGCAGCGGCUCCAAGAAAAGUGAGUUCACGGCAGAGGGCACUUGCUGUACAGAAGGUGGAUCCUGGGGUAACAAGAACACUUGCAACAUCUGCAAGAAAGUGAACGCAACAGUUAUUGGCGGAGAGGGUGAUUUCCGUACAAAGACCUGCCGAACUUUCGGAGAGUGCAGCUACCGUACCUUUGACGGCGUCGAUUACAACUACUGUUCCACUUGUACUAUGACUCUCAUCCAGAACACCAACAUAAAGGUCACAGCAUACACAUCAUGCGAUCCCGGUUCUACGUGCAAAUGCAAGAAGUCUAUUUCAAUCACAAUGGACGGGAAAACAUACGAAUACAGUAGCGCAACUGGAAAAGUAAAAAAUCCCGAUGGAACGGAAACUGACGUUACAUCAGAACCAAAGAGUCUCGGAGACAUUACUGUUUACGAAAAACUGGAGCGUAAGAACUUCAAACUCUCAAAAUUCGAGAUCACCGUUGGUGUUGAUGAUGACGGUAUGGCUGUGGUCACAGCCGACAGGGGAACUCUUGAAGAUGGAGGUUUCACCGGAAUGUGCGGAAACGGCAAGGGCGAUCAAGCAGCUGAAUAUGCCCUCCUCAGCAAUCCCAUUGAAGUCAAGGGUAUUGCAGGCAACUUCAGAAGCGCAGAUAAGUGUGGCGAGGGACUGAGACGAUGUGCCGCUGGGGAUGAAGAGGACCAAGCCAACAAGGCCUGUGCUUGGCUUAGAAGCAGUGGCUUCAGAACCUGCAACGAUAUCGUGGACCCCACACUGAGUCUCUUUGAGUGCAAGAGAGCCUACUGCAAUGCUGCCACCCCCGAGAAGAAACAGGAAGCCGUGUGCAACACACUGUCUCUCUAUGCCUCUAUGUGUAUUUCAAAGAACGUCUACUUUAAAUGGCGAACGAAGAACUUCUGUCCCAAGCAAUGCCCAGCUGGAAAGAUCUUCUCUGUGUAUGCAUCCCCAUGCCCUGCAAUGUGCGGAAUGUUGGACACAGACAACCUGAAGAGGCUCACUAGUCCAUCGUGUUCUCAGCACUUGGCUGGAUGUGUCUGUGAGGCAGGAAAGAUCCUUGACAAUGCAGGCAACUGCGUGGCACCUAAUGACUGCAAGUGCGUCUACGACAAGAAGGCAUAUGCUCUCGACGAAAAAAUGUACACGAAGGACAAGUGUAUGUCAUGUACCUGUCAAAUCUAUGGUAUGUGGAAAUGUGUCAAGGAGGAUUGUCCAGGCAUCUGCGAAGUCAAAGGCCUCAAGACCGUCAAACAGUUUGAUCAGUUCUCGUUCAAGGUGUCCAACAAGGGCUCAGCUGAGUGUUCCUUCACACUGUUGGAGCUCAAAGGCAAGAUGAAAGUCGAAGCUUCAACAGCGCCAGACAUGAGUCUCAUGACAGUCACUGUGACCAGAGGAAGCGACAGCUACGCAAUCGGUGUGAAAGACCAAACCUUCAAAGUGAAUGGUCAAACCAAAGUUCUUCCAUUCACCAAGACUGGACUAUUCAUCAGCACAGCCGCGGAUACAUACGUAGUUGAAUUCAUGGACCUCACAGUUUCAAUCGACAAGAGCAGCGGCAUCGUCAUUUCAGCCAGACCCAGUGUAUACUCAACCAGGGUAUCAGGUCUUUGUGGUAACUACGACUACAACCCCGACAACGACCUCAUCGAUCCAGCUACUCUUGGUCAGUUCAGUGAAGACGACUUCAUUGCAGGGAACUCACAGGACAGAUGCCUUGCAUUUGAUGCUUAUGACAGCACAACCAAAAUACCACAGUGUGAGAACAUGAGGAAAGCUAUCACCAGCAAAUGUCCAUCAAUGGAAAUCAGCAAACUGGAUGAGUACGAAGUCGCCUGUGAAGCCAUGAAAGGAGAAGGAGUCUGUGGCCUUCUCAAAGGAAUGCUUCGAGACUGUGGCAUCUGCCUCACGCAGUUCAACGACACAGCCACAGUAGACUGCUCGUCAAUGACAACAUGCGCAGCCGGGACCGGUAAUCAAGAUGGCGACAAGGAAUACAGCUGUUGUGUAAAGAGCUGUGAUACUUCCUGCCGUGACCUCAGCCUCAGUGGUGGGAAAUGCACUGGUGACUGUCUCCAGGGCUGUACUUGCAAGCCCGGAAACUAUCUUGACCAAGACAACAACUGUGUUCCACAGGACCAAUGCAACUGCUACUCACUCGAUGAUCCUACCACUCCCAUUAGACCCGGCGACAAGGUCACCAUCGGCUGCCAGGAAUGCUUGUGUUCAAGUGGCAAACUGUCCUGCACCAAUACAACAUGCGAGAAGAUGACAUGUCUUGGUACUCAGACUCUGGCUGAACUCCAAGAUGGUACCUGCAAACCAGUCUGCCAAAUGCCUGGACGAAAGAGUGCUUGCAAACAACUUCCACAGAGAAAUGGCGAGUUCAUCUUGCAGGAAGCCUGCUACUGUCCCGAUGGAACUGUUGAAGACCCCUCUGGUAAAUGUAUUCAAGCUGGACAAUGUCCAUGCUACGACACGGGGGAUUACUUCGCCCAUGGAUCCAUCAUCUCAGCUGGCUGUCACCAAAAGAAAUGUAACGACGCUCACUGGGACGUUCUCGACUCAAGCACGUGCAGACAAAUCUGUACGCUGUCUGGAACCCAGCAAUUUUUCCAAACCUUUGAUGGCGACGCAUACUACUUCCCCGGUUCCAGUGACGGAUCGUGUCAGUACGUCAUGCUGGAGUACAAUGACAUCAAGGUUCUUAUACAAGGUUACAAGUGUCGAGGUACCGAAACCAUGUGUACCAAAUCUGUUGAGGUUCAACUGGGAGCAGGCAUAACUUUGACGAUGGCAAGAUCUAAAGGUGUUGACAUCAACGGGCAGAACUACCCAGAAGGGACUAUUAACAACAUACUGGAUGGCAUCCAGGUCCGCCUCACUGCACUUACAUAUCACAUCAUCGCCGGCAGUUUAGCCAUCACAUGGGACCAAGGUCUGUACGUGAAGCUUGAAGUACCUGAGAGCUGGGCAAAUCAAACCCGAGGUUUGUGUGGUAAUAACAAUGGUAACAGCCGAGACGACAAAACCUUGCAAACAGGUGCCCUUGCUGCUGAUGCUGCUGAGUUUGGAAACUCCUGGAGAGUCUCUCCCGAUACAUGUGUCGAGUAUGUGCCCACGGGAAAAGAGCCUUGUGAGGUAAAUGGCGACAGGAAAGAUUGGGCUACAAGUGCUUGCGGUGUGCUCAACAGUCCAGAGUUUCAACAAUGUAGAAACAAGAUGGCCACAAGAACACACACCCUCUUUAAAUUCUGUCAGUCUGAGGCAUGCGGCUGUGACAAGGGAGGCGACUGUGAAUGUUUGUGUAACGCAAUUGCCACCUAUGCUGCUGAGUGUAUGAACCUUCAUGGCAUUGCUAUCAAAUGGAGAACACAGAGAUUGUGCCCAAUCCAGUGUGAAGGUGGAAGUCAGUACAGAGCAUGUGGCAACCCUUGUCAACCAAGCUGCGCCAAACCAACCAUCAGCGACACUGUCGGCGAGAUCUGCAACAGCACCCACUGUGUUGAAGGUUGCUUCUGCCCCGAAGGAAGUAUCAUGGACGAGGAAACCAAACAAUGCGUACCAUUGGAACAAUGCCCGUGCAAGGACGAUAACGGCUUCAUAUACCAACCAGGACAGAACUUCACACGAGACUGCCAACUCUGCACAUGCAAAGAGGGCCAACUGGAAUGCACUGGCAAGACUUGUGGUGAAUGUGACUCGACACAACACAGUUGUGGAGAAGUGCAGGGAGUACUCAUGUGUAUCAGUAAGGACAAGGUCUGUGACGGCAUGCGGGACUGCAGCGACGGAUCAGAUGAAGUCAAGUGCAAUGGAACCUGCACUGACCUCCAGUUCAGAUGCAACUCUGGGCAAUGUAUCCCUAAAACCUUCACUUGCAACAGCCUCAAGGAGUGCGACGAUGGAUCCGACGAAAUAAGUUGCAACAUAACAUGCAGCAAUGAAACUUUCACAUGUGCUGACGCACCAACCAUGUGCUUGCCAAUGUCCUUCGUCUGCGAUGGAGAGGCAGACUGCAAAGACAAGUCGGAUGAAGCAGGUUGCCAUGUCUGUCCAAAGAACGAGACACAGUGUGUUGAGAACGACAGUUGCAUCCCCAAGGACCGGAGUUGUGAUGGCCAUGAUGACUGUGGUGAUGGAUCUGACGAGAAGGGAUGCACAACGCCGAUGUCAACAACCCCAGAGUGUGAUGUGGAGAAGGUGUCAAAUGGGUACCUCAUCGUACAGACAAAGGAUAAUAACGUCAUGGCACAGCUGGCCGCUAACGGGGGAAGUUUCAACACAACUGUAGAUGGGGACGUCGAACUGGAACUUACUAUCAUUGCUAAAGCUGGGACAGAACCGAAAGUGUUUAGUGUUAGCUUCGGAGCUGACAACAUGACCGACGCCAAAGUUAUGACAGAAACACUAGACGGAGGCAAGAAAGUCUAUGAGAAUCCAACGAUUGAAAGUGAUAUUGCAAAGUUUGUCAUAACUGGAGAUAAAGUGGCUAAAAUUCUGGUGGAGAUAAAGGUUCUUCUGACAGUAACAGUCAUCCAUGACAUCGAGGUUGAAGCUUGCUACGAGCCAGGAGAAACAACCAUCCCCACAACAAGCGAGACGACAACUAGCGGUACAACAACCAGUGGUACAACAACAAGUGGUACAACAACCAGUGGUACAACAACAAGUGGCACCACACCUUCAGUGCCAUGUACAAGUGAAGAGGAAUGGUGCAUGGAGGUGAACAUCUGUAUACCUAAGAAUGCUGUCUGCGACGGUAAAUGUGACUGCAAUACAACACGACAAGGGGUACCCUAUUGUGAAGAUGAAGAUGAUGUCCGAUGCGCAACAACAUCAGCCACUACUGUUACAGAAAUUACGCAGACAACAGAGGGUACACCUUCAACCACUACAGCUGGAACCCCAUGUGAAAAUAUCAUGGAAGGACAGGAUCUCCCCAGUGCAGUGAAAAAAGUGGGCUCAUCUGUUGGUAUUUAUGAAAGUGGAGACAUCGUCUCAACCACAGAACCAUCUGAUGGCAGCAUCUUGAACCCGCUAGAAGCAGAUGAGGCUACUGUCAGUCUUCCUGGCCCAAAGGACAUUAUUGUUAUAACAACAGGCGCAAGUCCUGAUGCACUAAAGAAAGACAACAGUGUUGUAACGCCAAGUGAAACACUUUCUUUCGAUGACAAGACUGUGUACGUGUACAGGGACGCUCCAGAAGGUACCUACACACCAGUUUCUGGAAGUGACACCUUCGUUGAAGAAAAUGCACCACAGAAUGGGGACGUGCCACUUUCUGGACAAAGAUUCAUUAUUUUGUCUGACAGUCCAACAGCAUCUGUCGAUGAAAGCAAUAUCAAGGUCAAGAUUUGCCAACAGACAACAGGGACAACAACAAGUGGGACAACCACGACCAGUGGAACAACAACAAGUGGGACAACAACGGAAACGACUCCUUGUGACAAGAUUGAUCUGAUGAACCCAAGUGAGAACCCUUCACCAACGCCGACAUCAUCCCCAGUCGGUAAUGGAGGAGACAACCCUCUGUCGGAAAUACCUUUGGACGAGUCACCCUUUGUUGACAGUAAAGGUCACAUCUCCAACGAUCUUCACUUCAGUGCCUUCUCAGGAAACCACCAACCCUCAGUCAAUGAGACACCAGUUGAUACCUCUAGCAGUACCCAAGGCACCGUUGAUGGCAAACCCGUUUACCUCACUACUGUGCCAGUUACACCAAGUACAAAUCCAGUGACAGUAACCACUCCAGCUGGAAAAGACAAACCUGAAGUCUUCCAAGAAAUUGAGGGCAAUCCGGAUACAGCAAAUCCUUCUCUUUAUGAAUCAAUGGUCCAGUAUCAACCAUUCUUGUGCCAGGAACUAGCUCGGUAUCUGAAAUUGUCAUAUGCCAGCACGAGACAACAGGAUACUGAGUUCACUGUCAAACCUUCGACUGAUAAGAUUAUCUUGGUAACCAAAGAGAAACCUGACGACUUCACAGUCAAUGGGACACCAGUUGAUACCUCUAGCAGUACCGAAGGCACCGUUGAUGGCACACCCGUUUUCCUCACUACUGUGCCACUUACACCAAGUACAGAUCCAGUUCCCGUCAAUGGUCCAGUAUCAAAAAUUCUUGUGCCAGAAACUAGCUCGGUAUCUGAAAUUGUCAUAUGCCAGCAUGAGACAACAGAAACGACCCCAUGUGACAAGAUUGAUCUGAUGAACCCAAGUGAGAACCCAUCACCAGCACCGACAUCAUCCCCAGUCGGUAAUGGAGGAGACAACCCUCUGUCGGAAAUACCUUUGGAAGAGUCACCCUUCGUUGACUCAGUGAAGGGCACAUCUCCAACGAUCUUCACUUCAGUGCCUUCUCAGGAAACAACCAACCCUCAGGUAUAUUUGUAG